AACAUUGAUUCCUACUGACGUGUCGUCGGACCAACGCGUCGUCUGUGCCGCUUCUGCAACCUGUCAAUUUUUGUCUUCGUGGAACAAGCCCAGAAAUUUGUUUGCGGAAAAUUAGUGUUUGCAAUAACUGUAGCCUUAAUAAUCAUUCACCAAAGUCAAAGAAAUAAAAAGGAGCAACCAUGGGCUUGGCCAGCAUGUUGCAGGUUGAUGAAAUGAUGGGCGACUUUAACCGAAUGAACAAACGCCAGUCGCUGUAUCAAGUGCUUAGCUUUGCCAUGAUUGUAUCCUCGGCACUCAUGAUAUGGAAGGGCCUUAUGGUUGUCACUGGCAGCGAGUCCCCCAUAGUGGUUGUGCUGAGCGGUAGCAUGGAGCCGGCGUUUCACCGUGGCGAUCUCUUGUUCCUCACCAACUACAAAGAGGAGCCAGUGCGUGUUGGCGAGAUUGUUGUGUUCAAGGUGGAGGGACGGGAUAUACCCAUUGUGCAUCGUGUUAUCAAGUUGCACGAAAAGGAAGACGGCUCCGUCAAGUUUCUGACCAAGGGCGACAAUAACAACGUGGAUGAUCGAGGACUGUAUGCGCCUGGACAACUUUGGUUGACCAAAAAGGACAUUGUUGGACGCGCAAGAGGGUUUUUGCCCUACGUGGGUAUUAUCACAAUUUUCAUGAACGAAUAUCCAAAAGUUAAGUGGGCUAUACUGUCAAUUCUGGCAAUAUUCGUGCUGCUACAUCGAGAAUAGAACCAGGUUAAAUAUAUAGGUAAAAUUUAAGUAGGAUCUGCGGGCAAUUUAUGUCAAGAAUGUUGCACAAUCUCGAGCCUGUUUGCAUUUCAGUUGAUCUAUCCAAUAUGGUGUGCAUUUUGCAAUUUGUUUUUUUUAUAUAAGAUACCACACAGGAGAACAACACUUACGGUUCAAGUUAAAAAAAAAGAGUCCGGAGCUGAAUUUCAAUAAAAAACCAUUUUAAAAAUA